CCUCGACUUGUACUGCCUACCACGAAACCAAGCCACAUCGGCUCACUCACAAUCGGAUCAGUCCCACGAUGAAGUCCGUCACGCCUCCCUGCCUCCUUCCUGCCCAACUUCAGCGGGUAGCGCAAGACCACAACGUCGGACUCGAGACGCGCGAGUUUGCUAAAGCGGCUGAUUCGCAGGAUCCCUUGUCUGCCCUUCGGUCACAGUAUCAUCUACCCCUCGCCAGCUCCGUUCACCCUGUCUCUACCUCAGCCACCCCUCCCAAGCCUCCCACACCGUCUGAUGGCGAGACCUCCCUCUACCUUUGUGGUAAUUCCCUGGGCCCACUAGCGAAGCGCAGCCAACAGAUUGUGCUGGAAGAAGUGAAUGCAUGGGGCACUCAUGGCGUCCUGGGCCACUUCAAUCACCCCUUCGGACCGGACCGACAAUGGACCAGGAUGGACGACAAGGUCAAUUGGCUCAUGAGCGAUAUUGCUGGUGCAAAGCCGAGCGAAGUGGUGGCCAUGAAUACCCUAACGGGUAAUCUCCAUACGGUCCUGCAGACCUUCUACAGACCCCUCGCAAAGCGGUCAUCCAAGCACAAGAUCAUCCAUGAGCAAUCACCGUUCCCUUCGGACCAAUAUGCUUUGGCUUCUGUGGUGCAGCUGAAUGGACUCGACCCAAAGACAUCGCUUGUCCCUUUGAAGCCGAGGGAGGGCACAAAGACUCUCAAUACGGAAGACAUUCUGCAUACAAUGGAGCAGGAAGCAGCUACUGGGGAGUGUUGGGGAAUCUUGCUCGGAGGCAUUCAGUACCUCACAGGCCAGCUGUUUGAGCUCGAACGGAUCGCAGAGAAGGCACAAGAGCUAGACAUUUAUUGUGGUCUGGACCUUGCUCACGCCUUUGCUAAUGUUCCGCUAGCACUGCAUGAUUGGGGUGUAGACUUUGCUGUGUGGUGUACCUACAAGUAUGGCUCUUCCGGUCCAGGAGGAAUCGCCGGCCUCUUCAUUCACGAGAAGUGGGGCGGAUCGCCAACCUUCUCCACCGAAGAUCCGGAUCCAUCGCCUUUGCUCCGGCCGGCAGGUUGGUGGGGCCACAAGCGCUCUACUCGUUUCGCCAUGCCGUCCGAGUUUGAUCCAACGGUCGGAGCUGCUGGGUGGCAAGUGUCUAACCCGAGCACGUUAGAUAUGGCGGUGCUGAGAGGCUCUCUCGAGACGCUGUCACUUGCUGUAGAGCUGUCACCUCUGGGUGCGAGCGAUCAUGCAAAAGUGGUAGGCACUCAGCCUUGGGCAAAGGAGCAGGAGGCCAAGACGACUGUUGGCUCUGGGUCCAUUAUGCCGGUGUUGAGGGCGAGGUCUCUGCAACUGACUGGAUACCUCGAGUACCUCCUGUUUCAUUCUACCAGGUAUGCACCUGUCUUCAAAAAGGCUGGGAUGCACUUGAUCACUCCGAGUGACCCACAUCAGAGAGGGUCACAGUUGUCCAUCCGGAUUCCGAAUCAAGCCACGACCACUAGCGAUGGUCCCGGUCCCUCUUCUCAGAAGUCAGCCAAUGCAAGCGAGGCUCAGACAGACGACGACGGCGUCCCACCGCCGCUUUCGUCUGAAACGCUCAUUUCGCGUAUUCAGACGUAUGCUGAAGAGCACUUUUCUCUCAUCGCGGAUAUUCGUAACCCUGAUGUGAUUCGCUUUGCCCCACUGGCGCAGUAUAGCUCCUUCGAAGACGUGUGGAGGGCAGUGGACGCUUUUGAGAAGAGUGUGAUUGCCGUCUGCGGGCUGAAUGAUGAUUAGGAAGAGUGUCACUUCUGCCCGUGUAUGAGCGUAAUACAAUUGUAUUGCAAUGUGAUGCGAAGCACCCUU